AUGGGAUUUAAUUUAGAAAGUGCAAAAUUGGCCCUUCCUCAAGGACUUUCUUUGUUACCCGGAGAAACUAUAGAGUUUAUAGCAAAGACGUGUGCGAUAAAACUUUUUGAAGCUACUGCUGAUGGUGGUUUUAAAGAAUGUGAUGAUGGAGUCUAUGGUCAAUCGGAUUUUGCUGCUAAUGAGUCAACAGUAUUAAUCACCAACUAUCGAACCUGUUAUCGACCCGUAAAAAAUUCAACCAAUUCUUCUACAUCAACAUUACAUUCACAAUUAGACUCGAUACGUUCUACUACUCAGAUACCACAUCUUUCAAUAUCUCAAAUUGAAGAGUCACAAGCUCAAAUUACGAUAACUUUAAAGUUUUCUCCAUCAAAAUACUUAUUUAAAUUUUCAAAACCUAAACCAACUGCAUUAGCUGGAAAUUUUAUUAAUAUUCGAACUACUGCGAAUUCCCUCUGUCAUGAUUUUUCAACUAUAAUAAAAAGAUUCGUGUUUCCUAAUAGUUUAGAAAAUACUUUUGCUUUUCAUAUGGGAGAGGCAGAAGUAUUUAAAAAAAAUGAUUCGAUAAAACGAGGUCAAAAUUCUCAACGUAUUCGUAAAUUAUCAUUAGAAGAAAAAAUAUUUGAGGAAUUAUUUGGUGGCUGGUCUAAAGGUUAUAGAAUACAAAAAGAAUUUGAACGAAUGCAGAUGAAUAAAGUAUCAUGGUGCAUUGCAUCUAUCAAUGAAGAUUUUUCAGUGUCUCCAACUUAUCCUCAAGAUUUUAUUUUACCAACUCAAAUUCUUAAAGAAACAUUAUCGAAUUUAAAUUCUUCUAGUACAGGUUCCGAUUUAUCCAAUGUUUCAAUUGAGUCACAACCUACAGUAGGCUCACAAGCUACAUCAGAAUUACAAUCUAGCUCUGCUUUUUUUGAAAAUCUUGCUAAAUUUCGAUCUCGUGGACGUUUUCCUAUUAUUUGCUGGAAAAAAGGUCAUAAUGUAUUAAUGAGGAGUGGGCAACCUAUGGUUGGAUUUUUAGGUUCAAGAGGAUUAGAAGAUGAAAUGCUAAUGCGUGAAGUUCUUUCCACUGUUGAUGAAGAACAUCAAAGUUUAGCUGCAACGAUUAGAAGUAAAGGUUAUGAUGGGGAUGAAGUUAGUAAUAACAGAUUUUCUAGACAUUAUGGCGGUUUUUAUGAACCUUGUGGCAUGAAGUUAUGUGUAUUAGAUGCAAGAGGUUAUGCUGCAGCUUUGACUAAUGGGUACCAGGGUGGAGGAUACGAAAAUAUAGAGAAUUAUCCACAAAAUACAACUUUACAAUUCCUUGGACUUUCAAAUAUUCAUACAAUUUCCGCUUCACAUGCCGCUUUAUUACGUGCUAUUACAACUAAUGCUUCAUCACCAAAUUGGUUUUCUGUACUGAAAGCUACCGGAUGGUUGGAUCAUGUGGCUGAUUUACUUAGGUCUGCUGGGGGUAAAGAUGGUGUUGUAGGAAAGUUAGUGGAUGAAGAUGCUAGUGUUUUGGUGCACUGUACGGAUGGUUGGGAUAGAACCACACAAUUAGUUUCAUUGGCUCAAAUAAUGGUGGAUCCAUUCUAUCGCACAAUUAAGGGUCUACAAGUAUUAAUUGAGAAAGAAUGGGUUUCUUCUGGACAUCCUUUUCGUUCUCGUGGAGAUCUCCCAAAUAAUCUUUUCAAUAGUGAUCCCAGAUUACAUUCCAAAAAUAAACGUCAUUUCAAAGAACUACAAAAUUUACAACCUGCUCCUGCUCCCGUGUUUCUUUUGUUUCUUACUUGUCUUCAUCAUAUAUUAGAACAAUUUCCAUCUGCAUUCGAAUAUAAUGAUUUAUUUUUGUUAUGUCUGGCUCGAGCCGCAGCAGGAAAUUCACCGUUUGGAGAUUUUUUAUGCAAUUCUGAAUGUGAGCGAGAGGCCGUAUUAUUAAGAGAAAGAACAAGAAGUAUAUGGUCAUGGGUUAAAGAACGUAGGCAAUGGUUCAGAAAUCCACUGUAUCAAAGAAUUCGACCAUAUGAUCUAAUUCAUCAUAAUGAUCACAGUACUUGGAGUGAUCAUUCGUGGAAAAAGGAUGUUUUGCGCCCGGACACUGAAGCAAGAGUCAUUACAUUAUGGUCUGAUUAUUAUUUUCCAAAAGAUGAUUUUUCGAUUGCCUUACUAUCAAUGCCAUAUGGUACUGAAGUUGAAUUGGAAGCAGGUAUUGGACCUUCUCAACAUCACAUUGCAGGAUUUCCUUCGGAGUACUACCUUGUCAGUCUUUUCAUGAAAAGAAAAAGGCGACGGAUCGCAGAAAAAGUUUGGACAAUUUGGAGAUCUUUCUUACUGGAAGACAAAAAAAAAUCAUUAAAAGCGAAAAAGGAAAACAAAAAAAUCGUAAAUGAGGAAGAAAAAUGGGAUGUUCUUCGUGGAUCAGAGUGGAAAGACGAUGUGUCAAAGCAAUUACAGGAAGCACAAAAUGAAUUAGAAGAUGAUUCAAAUAUAAUUUUAUCAAAUGAAAUAUGCGAGAGCCAGUUUUUGGAAUGGGUUCAUCUGUCCAGUCAAGGUAGUGAAGACUCCGAGACAACCAAGAUAUUAGCAGGAUUACUUAGGGAGGCACAAUUGGAUGAACGUUUAUGCCAGAGCAUAUGCCAAAAUAAUGAUUCUUUGUCGGAUUUAUUAAAAGAUGCUCAAUCGGAUAAUCAAGUUUUUUGUCAAAACAUACAUUCAGAUACUGAGACGUUAGCAGAAUUACUCAAAGAAGCUCAAUUAGACAAUCAUUACUUAUGUAAAAGUAGAUGUUCAAACAUCUCAUCCAUUAACCAAACUUCCACAUCAUCAAAUUUUUUCAAGACAUCAAUAAAUCAAAAUCCUCAUUCUAUUUUAAUAGAAAAUAAACCAGAUGAAAAAGAUUUUGUAGGUAUAGUGACAUCACCGGCGCCAUUAAGACCAAUUGGUAAAAAUUCACCAGAUUUGAGUGAAUUUGUGAUU